GAGAGAGAGAGAGAGAGCGAGUUAUAAGCAACAGAUUGCAUUUGCAAAGUCUCAUCUCACCAUCACCAUUAUCAUAUCAUAUCUCUAUAUAUCUCUCUAUUUCUCUCUGUUAUCUCCUGCUUUAAUCAUUAAUUUGAUUGGACAGAGGAAGAGAAGAGAAGGGAAGAGAGAGAAGAGAGGCAGAUCACUUUACUCACACUAUAUAUAUAUAUAUCCAACUGAGGGGGCGUGUGUUGUACUGAUCAUGAAAAGGAGAAGAGAGAUGGAGAAAGCAAGAACUGAGAUAAGAUCCGCCAUUGAAGAGCUCUCCCUGAUGGUCAAACUGAACCCUGCCAUGGUCAAGCCCAAUGAUUGCUCUGUCAUCCAAGACCAUCAUGAUGAUCAACAACAUGAUCGAGAACAACAUCAACAUCAUGGCCAAUCCCAUCAAGCUAUCCCCACAAGGCCUUUCCUUUCUCUUUGCACCUUGGUUGUUCAAGUUCUUGAUAAGAUAGGCCCGACAAUGGCUGUUCUCAGACAAGACAUUCAUCAGAACAUUCAGAGAUUGGAGACGGUCUUUGAAUCUGAACCAUCAAGAUACUCGAGCAUAGACGAGAUAUUAAAAAUGGAGGCUCAUGAAGGCAUUGCAAGGAAGACUACGAGCUGUAGCAGAGCGUUUGUCUGGCUGACCAGAUCGAUGGAAUUUACUGUGGCUUUGUUACAGAGACUGGCAAUGGAUCCAGGGCUGAGCAUGGAGCAGGCAGUGGAAGACGCGUAUGCCGUCACCUUGAAGCCAUGGCAUGGCUGGAUUUCUUCGGCCGCCUUCAGAGUGGCUACGAAAUUGGUGCCGGAUAACAAAACCUUCAUAGACCUCCUCGCGGCGAAAGACCAAAGCCGGGAGAGUCUUGUGGAGGAAAUGCAGACAUUCAUUUCAUUACUUGCACCUUUCCUGGAAGAGAUCCACUCUGCUUUGAAACUAUACAGCUUGGAGAGGAUAAAAUCGACUUAAGAAAGUCACAUAAAUAUCCAAAAUGUAAUAGAGCUCAGUUUAAUAUAGCUUUUGGUUUCUCUGUUUCAUCCGUCGCUUCUUCUUCUUCUUCUUCUUUGUAAAUACUGAACUAUAACAUAGCCUCUUUAUUCAAAAUUUAAUAUGCGGUUUUCCAUGUUUUCAAA